CACAAACAAACAAACAAACCUAUUUGUUUGGCAACGGUGGGCAACGGGAUUAAAUUUAUUUAUACAUAAACUCCAUCAGUGACAGAAAUAUAUUAUAUUUAUAUAUUAAAUUCUAUGUUGUUAUAUUUCAAUUAAAAAUAAAUGAUCCUUGAUUCGAAACUAUGUGACAAAGAGAGAGAGAGAGAUGAAAAUUGACUGGUGUGUUGUACGCUAAUGUCAAAUUCAAUUAAAUAUUAAAAACAAUUUAUAAGGGUGGCUUACUGCUGUUGUUGUAAAUAUAGACCAGAGACAAUCGAAUUAUCAAUAUUAUAAUAUAUUAUUAAAAAAUGACAACAUUAAAAGGAGUUUUUCCAGAUACCAAAUUACCAAGUCGAAAAAAUUUUAUUCAAGAAAAUGUUAAAAAUUUACGUCGUAUGGAACAAUUUUUUCAUCCCAAUAAUAACAAAGACAAUGCUUUUGUUGCUGAUUUACAACAAAAAUUAAAAAUAUCAAAACAACAAAAUAAAUAUCAAAAUGUUGCACCAAAAAUUAAUUGUCGUAUGCAAGGAUCAAAUACACCAAAUAAUAAUAAUAAUAAUGUUAUAAAAAUUAAAAAAACAGAAAAACACUUGGAAAAUUUAAAAAACAUUAAUGACAAAAAUAAUUUUAGCUCUACUAUUCCACCCAUUGAUAUUUAUGAAAAUAAUAAAACAUUUAGAAAUCAAGGCAUGCAAACUAUUGGUGAUGGUGAUUUGGUUCAAUUGUAUGCUGAAGGAACAAUAAGAUAUCCAUCUGGAAGAGGACCUCGUAAAAGUCCAUUAAAAUUAGAUUCACAAAAUCAUCAUCAUCAUCAUCAUCAUCAUGAUGAGACUCAUCAAAUGGAUUUAAAUUUACCAAGUGAAAAAGGUGAUGCAGGCACUAAUCAGUCAAUUAAAAAUCAUCAAAAAAAUUUAGAUAAUCAAUUACAAAAUCAAGAUUUUGAUUGUUCUGCUAAAAUAAAUAAAGGAAAAACAACACUAGCUAUGAAAAUUGCAGCUCAAUUAAAUAAUGGUACUGUGCCACCAAGUUAUCGUAAAGGUGUUGUUCCCAAAUAUAUUAAGGAACGCAAAGAAGAAAAACUACAACAAGAAAUAAAAGCUCAAGCUGAUGCUGAAUUUAUUGCAGAUUGUCCUGAUGGACAUGUUCCUUUACCAGACAAUGAAAGAAAAGACACCUUGAAAAAAUUAAAAAAAAAUUAUCAAGACUUUGUCACCAAAUUAAAUAUGAUACCAAUAAGAUCAGACACACUACGUUCACAACGACAAAAAAUUGAAAUUGAAAAAGAAUUGAAUAAACUUGAAGAAGGCAUCAAAGUAUUUUCUCGACCAAAAGUAUUUAUUAAAAUAAAUGCAUAAUAAUAAUAAUAAUAAUAAUAA